CAUAAUUUAUUUAUCAGCAAAUAAAUGUGCCUAUUAGCAUACCAGUGUGCUAGAUGUGAGGAUAUAGUACUGAACAAGACACAUUCUCUGCCCUGAAGGAGUUUAUUAUUUGAGAAAUAAUUAUGUAAAAUGCUUGCUUCCUCAGGCUCACCAAUUUCAUCUCUUGUGAUGAUUGAAAAAAUAUGAAGUUCCUUUAAUGUGAAUUUGAUCUAUCAGUACAAAAGAUUAAACUCAAUAGAAGAAUGCAAUCAAGUGAUGGCUUUUUCUUUAGAAUUUGAAUAUGGAGGCCACAGGGACAGAAGUUGUUGACAAGCUAAAAACUAAAUUUGUAUCUGCUUGGAACAACAUGAAAUAUAGUUGGGUGUUGAAAACAAAGACAUACUUUAGUAGAAAUUCCCCUGUAUUAUUGCUUGGAAAAUGUUAUCAUUUUAAAUAUGAAGAUGAAAAUAAACUGUUACCUACAAGACCAGGAUAUACAAUAGAAGAUCAUGUAAUUGCGGGAAAUGUAGAAGAAUUUCGUAAAGAUUUUAUUUCAAGAAUAUGGCUGACCUACAGGGAAGAAUUUCCUCAAAUAGAAGGCUCAUCUUUGACAACAGACUGUGGCUGGGGCUGUACAUUACGAACUGGCCAGAUGCUAUUGGCUCAAGGACUCAUACUACACUUUCUUGGUAGAGCUUGGACCUGGCCUGAUGCUUUGAACAUUGAAAAUUCAGACUCUGAAUCAUGGACUUCCCACACUGUAAAAAAAUUUACUGCAUCAUUUGAAGCAUCGCUGUCAGGGGAAAGAGAACUCAAAACCCCAACAAUUUCUCUGAAGGAAACAGUUGGGAGGUACUCUGAUGAUCAUGAAAUGCGAAACGAAAUUUAUCACAGGAAAAUCAUCUCUUGGUUUGGUGAUUCCCCCUUGGCUCUCUUUGGCCUACAUCAACUAAUAGAAUAUGGAAAGAAGGCUGGGAAAAAGGCUGGAGAUUGGUAUGGACCAGCUGUGGUUGCUCACAUUUUAAGAAAAGCAGUUGAAGAAGCAAGACACCCUGAUUUACAAGGAAUAACUAUUUAUGUUGCACAGGAUUGCACAGUUUACAGUUCAGACGUAAUUGAUACACAGUGUGCUUCCAUGGCUUCUGGUAAUGCAGAUGACAAAGCUGUUAUUAUUCUGGUUCCUGUUAGACUUGGUGGAGAAAGAACCAACAUUGACUACUUGGAGUUUAUAAAGGGUAUUUUAAGCCUUGAAUAUUGUGUGGGAAUUAUUGGUGGCAAACCAAAGCAGUCAUAUUAUUUUGCUGGAUUUCAAGAUGACAGUUUGAUUUACAUGGAUCCUCAUUACUGCCAGUCUUUUGUAGAUGUCAGCAUAAAGGAUUUCCCUCUUGAGACAUUCCACUGCCCUUCUCCCAAAAAGAUGUCAUUUCGAAUGAUGGAUCCUAGCUGUACAAUAGGAUUUUACUGUCGAAAUGUUCAGGACUUCAAACGAGCUUCUGAAGAAAUCACUAAGAUGCUGAAAAUUUCUUCUAAAGAGAAAUAUCCCUUAUUUACUUUUGUAAAUGGUCAUUCCAGAGACUAUGAUUUUACAUCUACUAUAACCAAUAAAGAAGACCUUUUCUCAGAGGAUGAAAAGAAGAGAUUAAAAAGAUUUAGUACAGAAGAAUUUGUUUUGCUUUAAAAGAUAAGCACAUUUCUGCUUGAUGAGAGGGACUCCUCAAAUGGGGAAAAUGAAGAGAAACAAGUACAUAUGAAACUGGUUUAUUUUCACAAAUAUCUUAAUUUUAUAUGUUCUUAAAAAAAAUUGAAAAUAUACACAUUUAAAAAUAUUUUUCUGAGAGAGAAAUGAUUUAAUGAGUCUUGAUUUGUAAUAACAAGUGAUUCUGGCUGCAUGACUGUUUCGCUAAGAUCUUCUAGUAACGCUACCGUAACUGCAAGCCUUCCAGUCUUUGAAUUCUUCCACCUUUUCCUGAAGGUUUUGAUACAGGCCCCAAAAUUGUGAUUACCAAAUAGUUUCAAAAGGACCAGAAGAACAGAGAAUGAAUCUUCUGUGCUGCCUGGCCUCCUGAUAUUAAUGCAACCAGGGGAUACUUUUGGAUAUCUUGAUAUAUUAAAUAGUCAUUGUUAGCUGUUUUAUGCAUACAGUUAUAUAAGUAGAAUUGUGAGUUUAGGUAGUAUUUAGCAGUAUGAUUUUAUAAUGGCUUAUCAUUUUUAUUGCCAUUGAGCCUUCUCUGAGGAGUGAAUAUAAAGUAUUGGUUUUCCCCACAAAUUUAAAGGUUAUGUUACUAACAAUAAUAGCAUCCAAUUGGAUCAGAUAAAGGCAAUUUUAAGAUAGAGAUAGUUAUUUGUUUCUUAUCUCAAAAUUUAAAUUUUAUGGGAACUCUAUUUACUAUGCAGUCUUGAAAUCUAAAGUUAAGUACCAAGAGAGAUAUCAACAGAUGCUCCUCUAUGUGAUUUUUGUUGUUUGUAUAAAUCAGUGUAGUGGUGUUUAGAAGCUGAGGCCUUCUAUAAUGUAAAUCUGCCUUAAGUGUGUUAUGUGUUAUUUAAAGGCCAAUAUGUGAUAUAAAAAUACAAGAGUUAUUAUUGAGCCAAGAUUAUAAAAUAAAUACUUUAAUAAAGAUGUGAGAACAUAAAAUGCCUUUGUUUUGGUUUUAAUGGGAUUAUUUUAAUCCUUUCAUUUGAAAAACCAUUGUCUCCAAUGAAGUCUCUUUAUUUAUAAUGAAGACAAAUAAUAUUGUUGCUCUGAAA